GAGCAGCCAGCCGCAUCGACACCGACUGAUAGUUAUGGCGCUGUUCUGGUGUAUAGUGCGUUGUAAAUAAAUACUCGCGAAGUUGUAACGACGUUUUUGUGGAUACCUUAGUACAUAAAUCGCACCGUAUAGAGGUUGGCACGAGAGCAUGGCACCCACGAUCCAGACUGGCAGCGCCGCAGUCGAAAGGGAUCGCAAGAAAGCCGGUGAACGCAGGUCUGAGCUGGUAUGCAGGGUCCGCUACUGCAAUACACUUCCCGACAUUCCAUUUGACCCCAAGUUUAUAUCAUACCCAUUUGAACCAAACAGGUUUGUUUCAUACAAGGCAACAUCAUUGGAACGUAACUACAAGCAUGAUCUCCUCACGGAACAUGACCUUGGCGUAACCAUCGACCUUAUUGAUCCAAAGACAUAUGAAAUCGACCCAAAUGCUACUUUGCACCCUGAUGAUGAAAAACUCCUCGAAGAAGAAGCUCUAACACCACAGGAUUCAAAACGAUCGAGGCAUCACAAUCUGGUUGUACCAUGGUUGAAGAAGACAGAAUACAUUGCAACAGAAUUCAACAGAUAUGGACAGACUGGAAUCAACACAGAAACAAAGGUUGGCUACAAUGUAAAGAAAAUGAUGAAAGAAGAAGACCUCUACAUGGACCGAGAAAGCCAGAUUAACGCUAUCAACCGGACAUUUGAAGAAGCUCAGAAACCAAUUGAAUGCCACUACAGCAAGCCUCACGUGAAGCCAGUUGAAAUUCUACCACUGUUUCCCGAUUCAGAUCUGUGGAAGUAUCCCUUUGCGCAAGUCAUGUUUGAUUCUGAUCCAGCACCCGUAUCCGAGCUUGAAGAGAUGUCCCAGGCCAUGAUUAGAGGUGUCAUGGACGAGAGCGGAGAGCAGUUUGUGGCCUACUUCUUACCUACGGAAGACACCAUCCGCAAGCGAAAGCGGGACGCAGAAGAAGGCGUUGAGUACAUGGAUGAUGAUGAGUACGAAUACCGCAUGGCACGUGAGUACAACUGGAACGUCAAGAACAAAGCUUCCAAGGGCUACGAAGAGAACUAUUUCUUUGUCUUCCGCUCCACUGGAGUCUUCUACAACGAACUUGAAACAAGGGUACGACUCAGCAAGAGGCGGUUAAAACCUGGAGUUCAGCCGAACAAUUCCAAACUAGUCGUGCGGCAUAGACCUCUCAACGAGCUGGAACACAAGACGCAGCAACUCAGGCUAACUCAGUUGGAACCUCCUCAAGAAGAAGAAGAGGAGGAGGAAGAGGAAGAGCAGAAGAAUGAAGAAGAAGAAGAAGAAGCAGAUGAAGAAGAGGAGAAGAAAGAAUCUGAAGCUGAGGAGGCAGAAAAAUCGGAGGAGAGCGACGUGGAGAGGGGAGUCGGUCGCCGCUCAGCGAGCCAAAGUCCGUCUGCCAAGAAGUCCCGCAGUUCAGGGUCGUCGUCCUCUUCGUCAUCAGCUAGCUCUGGGUCGUCCUCAAGUGAGGAGGAGGAAGAGGAGGAGGAGGAGAAGAAGAGGCGGGACGAAGAAGAGAUCUUCGGAAGUGGGAGCGAUAGUGACUAAACUGUGUGCCACCGACGUGGUACCUCUUUGUAAAUUGGUUUUUAAAGUAAACAGGGAUAAACUA